GUUAGGAUAGCCUGCAUAAUGCCAUUGACUACCUUGUUUUUUUUUAUCUUUCUUUGGAGCAGUUUUGCUUCAAAAUGAUAUGAUCUAAUCGCGGAAACAAUGCCACUAGACCAACAGGAACUCGAGCUAACAUUGGCGCUGUCACUGCUCCUAUCCCGCAUUGACAGCUGGGUUACGCGGAGGCUCGUCGGUCGUAUGCUUUGUGUGAUGCGGGGAAGCUGCUGAACGUUUUGUUGUGGAAUGAAAUCGACAUUGUGAAAAAGUCUUUGUUCAUCUUUUCAUUCAAAACGGAGUUUGAAAUUCGGCAAGGAGAGAUGAAGAAUCUACUCCCUGGGAUAGUCCUGACGUUUUUGAUAUUUUUAGAGUGCAUAGAGGCCAAAAAGUACUGCUGGUAUUUUGAAGGCGGAUACCCCAUCUACUUUAUAUGCCGCUCGUACGAGGACUGCUGUGGGACCCGAUGCUGUGUCCGAGCCCUCUCCAUCCAGCGGCUAUGGUACUUCUGGUUGAUGCUGAUGAUGGGGGUGCUAUUCUGCUGCGGAGCGGGCUUCUUCUUCCGCAGGUGCAUACACCCCUCGCCCCUCAGCGACGAGCAUGCCUUCAACGUCUCCUUCACCAGGCAGCCAGUGUCCACGCCAGUAUCCCAGCAGCCUGGCAUGGUAGGCUAUGGCGACCCCGGCGGCGUCAUGACUUCCCCCCUCACCCCCGUCUACCCCAUCCAGCCCGGCCCCGCCCAUAUGAUGAACGACUACCCUCCACCGCCCUCAUACUGCAACCACCCACCCCCGCCUUAUGAACAGAUUUUCCGGACACCAGAGAAGAAGUAAGUCUCCGCUGCGUUUCCCUCCGUUCCUCCUCCUUCGUUGUGACAUCACCAGCAGAACGGACAAGGACACGAGGGGACAGCCACAGUGUCUGUCCACUGUUAUACUGUCAGCCCAAGUGCUCACCCAGGUCACAGGGACGAGAAACUGAGAACCACCUAGAGGAACAAACUGUCCUUCCUGAGGACCUGGAUACAGACCGGCUCAAUAUGUCUCCAUGGUUUAUAUUUUCAAAAUCAUUCAUUCUUUCUAAUUUACACAAAAGCAUAAUUAUAUAUAUAUAUACCAGUCUUUUUCUGCUGACAGUGCCAUCUUGAUGAGCAUGGUCUGUGACUGAUCUGUAGUGAGGCACUCGGACUCCUGUAAAUGACACAACUGAGGAAUUUCAAUGGAGAAUGCUGACCCAAGAUCAGCACAUUGCUUCUAGAUGAACAGAUUCAUGUUAGCAUUAUGGUAGAAUAAGCUGACCUAGGACCAGGGCAUAAGAACAGACACUGUCUAAAACUGUACACGAGUGACAGCAAAUUGGAGUUGAAAGCCACCUUGGAGAAGUUACUACACAAGGUGUUUUAAAUAGCUGAAAAGGGGUAAAGACUCUGUUAGGAUGCGUCCACACUAAUUGGGCUGCUUGUCUCGUCCUGAAUCCUGUGACUAUAAACACUCCGGGCAGGAAGUCUGAUCGCUGUGAAGGAGGGGAAACGGACCUGGAUUUAUCAGACCUAUUACGUGCGUUGGAGAGCGCGGUAAUUUGGAGAGGCAGAUUUUUUUUGUCUAUUCACACUAUGUAUUCCUACUGUGCGGACUGUGGCGAUUCAUCCCUCUGGAUCGGGACAACAAACUGGCAAGAAAUCCACUCAACCAGCCGGACUCCAAAUUGAGACCAAGUCAUGUGGUUGUCCAUUGUGACAAUAUCAGUCAGUAACAGCAUGUCUAGGGUAAAAGCUUUUCGCAACCCUGCCAACGCCAGAUUCUCUGAGAAUUCAGUUCCACUCAAGGCCAGACAUUUUUUUUUUAACUAUCACCACAGAGGUUCAGUAAGGGUUUUUCAGAGAUGUGGACUUCAGUUUGUAUAGUAAAGGAGCUCGACCAGAAUGAGGAUGAACUCAAAUCAAUGUGUUUGUUCCGGACACGCAUGCAGGUUGCAACUGGAUCACGUUUCACUGAGGAGCUCAAGGACUUUGUUUACUGAACCUUCGAAGUAUUCACAUCCCUUGUCUUUUUCCACAUGUAGUUGUUACAAAGUGGGAUUAAAAUGGUUGCUUUUGUCAACGAUCUACACAAAAUAGUUGAAUGUCAAAGUGUGGGAAAUAUCCUACAGCCACCAUUAGGCUUGACAAUAUGGAGAGUGGUGCUCAGUAAUGCAUUGGAUUGGAUUUGCCCCAAACAUAAAACUUUGUAUUCAGGACAAAAUGUUCAUUGCUUUGCCACAUUUUUUUGCAGUAUUAUUUUAGUGCCUUGUUGCAAACAGGAUGCAUGUUUUGGAAUAUUUUUUAUUCUGUACAGGCUUCCUUCUUUUUACUCUGUCCUUUAGGUUAGUAUUAUGGAGUUACUACAAUGUUAUUGAUCCAUAUUCAGUUUUCUCCAAUCGCAGCCAUUAAACGCUGUAACUGUUUUACGGUCACCAUGGUGACAUCCCUGAGUGGUUUCCUUCCUCUCCGGCAACUGAGUUAGGAAGGACGCCUGUAUCUUUGUAGUGACUGGGUGUAUUGAUACACCAUCCAAAGCCUAAUUAAUAACUUGACCAUGCAUGAAAGGGAUAUUCAAUGUCUUUGUGGUUGAAAUUCACUGCUUGACUAAAGGACCUUAUACAGAUAAUAUUGUGUGGGGUACAGAGAGGAUUUAAAAAAUGACGUUAUACACAUCCUGCAGAGUGUCCAUGCAACUUAUGUGACUUAAGCACAUUUUGACUCCUGAACUUAUUUAGGCUUGCCAUAACAAAGGGGUUGAAUACUUAUUGACUGAAGACAUGACAUUUUUCAUUUUUAAUGAAUUUGUAAAAUAAAUUCUUAACCUAAAUUCCACUUUGACAGAAUGGGAUUGUUGUCUGUAGACCAGGGACAAAUCUCAAUUUAAGCAAUUUUAAAUGCAGGCUGUAACACACAAUUUUGAAAAAGUCCAGGGGUGUGAAUACUUUUCUGAAGACACUGUAUGGGAAGCUUUGACUAAUGACAUACUCUGGUAGAACUGACAGAUUCUCCAUUUCUGUGCUGCAAUAAAUCUCUAGAAAAUGUAGUGGUAGUCACAAACGCUAAUGGAACUCUUCAAAUCAUAUUUUAUGGGUCACAUACACAUAUUUAGCAGAUGUUAUUGCGGGUGUAGCAAAAUGCUUGUCAAAGUUGCUUAGGAGCUAGAAGCAGAGCUGCCCUAUCUUACUACUUUCAGUAGCCUAGUUGUUCAAACAAGCAGAAUGUUAUUGGUCAACUGGUCCUGCAUAGGUACAACUCAGUAAAUUUGGUUAAAAAUGAUUUCAUUUAUAUAACACAUUUCACAAGACAACCAUUCUACAUGUGUACAGUAAAGACUAUGUGACUGACAAUUGGUUGAGUAGUUCCUAGACCCUGGUAUGGACCCACAAUUUGGGGGAAAAGUACCUGGAUGUUGACAUCUAGUGUGAAACAGGAACCCAAUCAUGUGAAAAUGUCCUAAAAGAGAGGUGACUAUUGUCUUUGCAGGAUAUGAGACCAUACGAUCUGUUGACCAGAUCCAACUAACCAACCAUUUACUGUCAUAGAGCAACAUCCUCGUGAACAUUUCGAGUCUAUUUGUAGAUGUUUUGUUUAGAUAGCUGGCAAACUGUGUACAUGGACACUAUUAGAGCAGAACCAAGAAGGGUAAUCAACAGUAGGAUAAGUGUUUAGUAUUGGAUGUUGUGCAGACAUUUGGCUAAUCUGACUUUUAUUUAUUUGAUCAUUUUAACUAUGCAACAGAGGUUUAAAUCGUGGAGGAUUUUAUUUUACUGUUGUAGCGGUCGGUUGGUUUUUGCCAUUUUAUGUUACUACAACAUCUCAUCCAUGAGAUGUGGAUAAUAAAGUUUCCUUCUGAUCAAA